UGCUCGCUUCAGAUGGGACAGUACUGUAACAGUGGUAAACCUCUAAGCGAUACGCCACAACUCAUUUUAUUCUCUCAAUUCAGAAAAUUAAAUAGUUACCAACAAGUGGCAAGGACGAUAAAUAGUAUUUACAAAGACAUACAUUAACAUGUCGCGUAAAUGUCAUGUUCGUUUCUUUUCAAUUUUGUCGUUGGAAAAUCAGGAAUCAGUUUUGAGUCUUGUUUUAUCGAGACGAAGAAAGCGCAUGUGAGGUAGUCUACUCUAGUCAGUGGUACAGUACAAUGUGCAAACCCAUUGAGGACAUAUUUUAUCAAGGCAAUGAUCAUCAACGGACAAUGGAUUGCACUCCUGUUUACCUUUCUUAUAGGCCUAAACACAUUAUUUUGUAAUAGCGAAGAGGCAUCUUGCCAUGGAGCUUUUGAUAUUUAUUUCGUUUUAGAUAGGUAAGUAUAGCCUACAGACUAAAUGCAAGAUGUAGUUGAUAUAGAAGUCACUUGUGUUUUUUAUGGUAAAGUAUCUUGAAUGAACACGAUUCUAUAGAAUAUAUCAGGUGUCGGAUUGCACCAUUUUCUUAUCAAGUUUUGUGUGGAAAAACUCAGAUAUGUAACAAGUAGAAAAAUACUCCUGUAAGUAGUAUUAAAAUGACUCAAGAUCUAUUUCAGUCUGUCUAGUCCUUGUAUGGGUUUGUUUGGUUCUGGUUCAGGGAGUGUCUGACUGUGCUCUACAGGUCUGGGAGUGUGCAUGAUAACUGGGGAGAGAUCUAUGAGUUUGUGGAGCAGCUCACCAACCGCUUUGUGAGGUAAGUGAAUAAAGUCAUACUCUCUGGUCCAAGCUCUGUGUAUGAGGUGAAAUGAGCAACUUGCCUUGAACACUAUACAUCACUUUCUAUCAGUACUAUGGUUAACUUUACAGUCUGAAUCAUGAAACAGAAGACUGGGACAGAAGAAUGGGCCCAUUUUAGUCAAAUAAUGAUUUACCAAGGACAUACGAUAUUUACACAGUGAGGAAUCAAUAAAGAUAAACUGUAGUUAACACACUCAUGUGAAAGUGGGGCAUAUCCUUUUCAAGCAGUAGGCAAUAGGCAUUUGAUCAAAUGUAAGUUCCACCGAACACUUGGAUACAGUAUGUGGGAUUCUUUUUAAACAUAAUAGUGGGGUACUAAAUUUAAGUCCAGAACAUUUGGCUGAAACAGCUGGCUGUGGUAACAACUGUGUAUAAUUGUAAUUUAGGAGAAAAGGGUUAGCCCCAAAGGGUGUAGUCUUUUAAAUACAAAAUGACCAGUAACUUCUUGGUGUUUGAUCCAAUUCAUCCCUUGGUUUUCCCCUGUUUGUUUUAGUCCGAGGAUGAGAGUUUCCUAUAUAGUUUUCUCAUCUAGAGCGGAGGUGAUUCUACCACUAACUGGAGACAGGUACAGACACCCACACUCUCUCACUUAUUACAGUACCAAGCAUGUCUUGCUCUCUCCCCCUCUCUCUCUCUCUCUCUCUCUCUCCCCGCUCUCUCUCUCUUUUUCUCUCUUUCUCUCUCUCAUUCUCUCUCUCGCUCUCUUUCACACACACACACACACACACACACACACACACAGGAAAUCAUAAUUUCUCAGAUAGCAAAUUCAUAUUUCCUAUUUCUUUGUAGAUAUGAAAUAGAGGAAGGCUUGAAAAAGUUAAGCGAAAUCAGACCGGCUGGUGAAACAUACAUGCACGAAGGCAUGAAGUCGGUAAGCAUAUUCUAUUUUCUUUUCUAUUCUACUUUAUAUUUUUUGUUGUUGGACUCUUUUGUUGUACAUUAAAACAUGGCUUCCCCCAUGUAGGCUUCAGAGCAGAUGAAGGCCCAGGUCACACGGUCAUCCAGCAUUAUCAUAGCUCUGACUGAUGGGAAACUGGAAGUCUAUCCUUAUGACCUGACCGUAAAGGAGGUAAUACCAUUAUACUAAACAGGGAUGAGUAAUAAAAUAGUACUUACUGUAAGUGCUUUGAACUCUUGACUAGUACGCAGCUAUUUUCCAUGAAUUAAUCUAGCUGUCCUCUCUUUUUGUUGUAGGCAAACACUGCCAGGGAGUUUGGUGCGAGAGUGUACUGUGUUGGUGUGAAAGACUUUGAUGAGAGCCAGGUGAGUGUUUUUAAGGAUCUGUUUUUGCAGUGCUCUCACCUUUCUAUCAAUUGAAGGCUGCAGAAGCACACACAAAAUGCACACAUUGCAAUACACUAUUUUGUUUACAUUGAAAUCUCUGAACACUGCCAAAGUCCAUGUUGAAUCCAUACUGGAACUACUAAUGGGUACCAUAAUAUUGGAAGAAAAAUAGCAUACCAGUUUUAUGAUUUGAUCGUCUGUCCGUCUCAAAGUGCGUUAGCGGUCUGGAUAGGAAGUCAGUUGUACUGUAAUCAUCUAAUUGGAUCAUGCUAGCCUGCUUCCUGUUAUGGUUUCAUUACAUUAGAUCAGCCUUUGAAACCAGACCGGAAAACAUCAAGGGAGGGAGGGCUGUGUUGUAGAUGUACAGAAAACAGAGGGAGGGAGGGCUGUGUUGUAGAUGUACAGAAAACAGAGAGAGGGAGUAAUGUACAGACAAUGAGGGCAAGAGCGCUAUGUUGUACGUAGAUGUGGAAAGACAAUCUUUCAGAUGUUGUGUAAUUUCAUAUGCUUUUUUAUACUGUACCUACAGCUUGUUGGCAUUGCAGACAGCAAAGACCAAGUAUUCCCAGUGCUGGCUGGAUUUCAUGCACUCAAAACCAUUGUGAAUUUGGUGAGGACAGAAUAAUUAAAUACAACAAUAUGUCAAAAUAAAUGUUAAGACACCAUGUCAUUUACCUUAUCAUUAUUUAUAUUUUUCACAGAUUUUGAAGCAAUCCUGCACAGAAAUAUUCAGGAUAGAGCCCACUAGUGUUUGUGUGAAUGGUACGUUGCAAACAAAUAACAUUGUUAUUUGUUUGUGCCCGAAAAUCCUAACAUUGUGCCCCUCUAUAACAUUCUAGAAUCUUUCAACAUCGUCCUGAGAGGAUAUGACUUCACCCGUGGGAGGAGCCAGGAUGGAGUGAUCUGCGUUCUCACUGUCAACCAGGAGACAUACAGUUAGUAUACCCCAAGCUCCAUAAUGCAUCAUAUUCUGCAUUCCAAUAUUGACACACCUACCUACUGUAAGACUGCAGAUUGACAAUAACCCCCCCUAAUCGCGUUAUACUACAUUAUUCCUGUUUACCAGAUGCCACAGUCGUUUGUAGCUGUACACCAAACAAUCCUGUUCCUCAGGAUGCAAUCUACUAAAUGUCCCCAUGGAAAGAUUUUCAACACUCUGUUCAUUAUGUAGCCACACUAAUGAGGUACUGAGGGCAUGGACUGAAUGUUGGGUUUCACUAUUUAGCCAAACCAGAGAGAACAGAACAGUGUCUUAUUUAGUAAGGUCAGGGAACAUUAUGCAGCUAGCUGAGUACAUGGAGCUUGUAUCUGUCUUAUUGCUUAAUGUAGAACACAACACACAAGGUCUCUUCACUGAGAGGGCAUUGAGUACACGCUUUUGCUUAAGUAGGCCAACAUCAGACAAGAAUCCAGAGAAUCUCAGAGCGAGCAGAUGAGAGAAAGAGAUCGCGCCUGAGCUUUAGAUAAGAGCGAUAGCCCGAGAGAGAGAUGUAGUAAGCGCGCUGCGGUCUCGAUCGCUCUCGAAUUUCUAUCGUAUCUCUUGAUCUCUCUCUCUCUCUCCUCUCUCUCUCUCCUCUCUCUUACUCUCUCUUUCUCUCUCUAUCUCUCUCUUCUCUCUCCCCCCUCCCCCAAGAUGAGAGACCCAGUGUGGUGCAGGAUGGCUAUCUGUUGUGUCCAGCACCACUGCUGCAUGAAGUCGGGCAGUAAGUGCUGCACUCAAUUCUCUCCUCUUAGAACUUCCUGUAUCCAUAAAUGGCCUGUGAGCUACUGAGCGCGCUCAGUUGGCCAGAUCAAAGGAAUGUAAUGUUGUCUGUUGGUUGCUGUGAGAGCUGAACCACACAGCAACCCAGACGCUCCACUGUCAGACUACACACACUUCCAUUCAGGGUGGGUAGUGGGUUCGACGGGUAACAGUUGUUCACCACUUUAUAAAAGCAAAAGAAAGAACUUAAAAUAAUUCAAGUAUAAAAAUAGAAUAAAGGUCUGGUGGUGACUGGAGAAUGGCUGCUGUUCAGCCCUGUUCCAUUACGGUACCCUGCCUGGUUUCUUUAGAAAAUGUGACCAAAUAGGCUGAACCGAUGUGUAGUGAUGAGACACACCAAAAUGGUUUGGCACACUAUCAUUAAAACAGCUUUGAGGAAGAUGUUAUAUGUGAGACUUUGUGACCCUGUGUUAGUGUUUACCCUGCCCAUCAGCAUGCCUAUUGGCACAGUGCCUUGGCAUUUCAACGGUUGGUCUGCCAGACCGAUACUUUAAUUAAGUUUGACCUACUUUGUUAGUAUCUCUCUCUCUCGCUCUCUCUCUUUCUGUCUCUCACACACACACACAUAAAGCAAUAAUAUAGAAUUGUGCUGGACUUUCUUUCCCUCACAAUAGAUCGAUAGAUGUGCUGAUCAGCUUGAACAACGGUCAGUCCUACAUCUCAAGCCCAUUCACCAUCUACGCUACAACUUGUGUGAGUAUCAGUAUCACAGACAACACCAACACUCAAAACAAACGGCCUCACUCCACUUCCAUUUAGUUCGGUCUGUCCUAGUUCACCAAAGUCUAGUCUGAUGGUCCAUGAAAUAACAUUUGAUAGAAAGUCACACAUCAUCUGAUAAAGUCUGUUUUGUGGGCUGCUUUGUUUACCAUGUCUCCCGAUGCAGUCUGAUGGGACAGUGGUGCUGGUGGUGAUCUUAGUUCUACUCCUGCUGCUGGGUCUGGCUCUGCUGUGGUGGUUCUGGCCGCUCUGCUGCACUAUUGUGAGUGGUUCAACCUCCUCCAGGACCGACUGUAUGAUUUAAUCAGUUUUCAGUUAAUACAGUUGUUGGUUGAGGUGUCAGUACAUAGUAAUUCAUUGUUGUAUAACUGCUGACUGUUUUAUACUGUAUAUGCUACAGGUGAUCAAGGACCCCCCUCCUCGUCGCCCCCCUCCUCCUCUCCCUCCUCCUCCAGUACCUGUGAGUGCUUAGUUUCUUUGGAAGUGUUCUUAGAAGUGCCAAGUGUUUUAUAUCUUUCUCGUCGCACCAUUAUUGAGUAACUUCAACCCCCCAAAAUUCCCUCCUCAUAACAGGAGCCAGAGGAGGACCCUCUGCCCAAGAGGAAGUGGCCCAUGGUGGAUGCAUCAUACUAUGGGGGAAGAGGUGUCGGAGGAAUGAAACGCAUGGAGGUAUGUCUGAAUGAGUAUUACCCCAUUAAACCAUUACUUCCUUUCUAUUUGGGCUGUACUAUAUCUUGACAGUGAGUUGUGUCACUUUAUUUUGAGUGAUGUUAGUUACUCUAAAGUUUUGAAUGGUUAUUUUGUGCUAAACGAAUAUAAACGGUACAAAAUGUUAAAUAACCUACUGUAAACUGUGUUUUAGGUUCGUUGGGGGGAGAAAGGUUCCACAGAGGAAGGUGCACGGCUAGAGAAAGCCAAGAAUGCGGUGGUCACAAUGGUGGAAGAGGAGGUGGAAGAACCUAUCAUUAGGAAACCAAUGCCUCAGAGACCACCCCCUACCUAUCACAUCCCAGAACAGUCCAAAUGGUACACACCCAUCAAGGUUAGUCACCAUGCUUUCAGAUCCACAUUUAAAAUGGCUGUCAGUAACUGAUUUUGUAUAUUAAACCAACAAGUUGAGUCUUAUUUUAUCAUCCUCUUAGGGGCGUUUUGAUGCGCUGGUGGCGUUACUCAGGCGACAGUAUGAUCGAGUUGCUGUCAUGAGACCAACAGCACAGGACAGGGUAAGGCACCACCUUGUAUAAUGUAUUCAGUCAGUUUACUUCCUGAAUUGUUUUCCUAAAUUGACUGAAUUUAAAUGGAAUUGACCCUAACCCUGAUCGCAACAAACUCAUGAAGAAAGAAAGAAAGAAAGAAAGAAAGAAAGAAAGAAAGAAAGAAAGAAAGAAAGAAAGAAAGAAAGAAAGAAAUACAGUGCAUUCAGAAAGUAUUCAGACCCCUUCCCUUUUUCCACAUUUUGUUACGUUAGACUUAUUCUAAAAUUGAUUAAAUACAUUUUUCCCCUCAUGAAUCUACACACAACACCCCAUAAUGACAAAGUGAAAACAGGUUUUUUUAAAUGUUUGCAAAUGUAUUACAAAUAAAAAACAGAAAUACCGUAUUUACAUAAGUAUUCAGACCCUUUGCUAUGAGACUCGAAAUUGAGCUCAGGUGCAUCCUGUUUCCAUUGAUCACCCUUGAGAUGUUUCUACAACUUGAUUGGAGUCCACCUGUGGUAAAUUAUAUUGAUUGAACAUGAUUUGGAAAGGCACACACCUGUCUAUAAGGUCCCACGUUUGACAGUGCAUGUCAGAGCAAAAACCAAGCCUCGAGGUUGAAGGAAUUGUCCGUAGAGCUCCGAGACAGGAUUGUGUCAAGGCACAGAUCUGGGGAAGGACACCAAAACAUUUCUGCAGCAUUGAAGGUCCCCAAGAACACAGUGGCCUCCAUCAUUCUUAAAUGGAAGAAGUUUGGAACCACCAAGACUUUUCCUAGAGCUGGCCACCCGGCCAAACUGAGCAAUCGGGGGAGAAGGUCCUUGGUCAGGGAGGUGAUCAAGAACCCGAUGGUCACUCUGACAGAGCUCCAUAGUUCAUCUGUGGAGAUGGGAGAACCUUCCAAAAGGACAACCAUCUCUACAGCACUCCACCAAUCAGGCCUUUAUGGUAGAGUGGCCAGACAAAAGCCACUCCUUAGUAAAAGGCACAUGACAGCCCGCUUGGAGUUUCCCAAAAGGCACCUAAAGGACUCUCAGACCAUUACAUUUUAGUCAUUUAGCAGACGCUCUUAUCCAGAGCGACUUACAGUUUAGUGAGUACAUACAUUUUUCAUACUGGCCCCCUGUGGGAAUUGAACCCACAACCCUGGUGUUGCAAGCGCCAUGCUCUACCAACUGAGCUACAGGAGGCCUACUGAGAAACAAGAUUAUCUGGUCUAAUGAAACCAAGAUUGAACUCUUUGGCCUGAAUGCCAAGCGUCACGUCUGGAUGAAACCUGGCACCAUCCCAACGAUGAAGCAUGGUGUUGGCAGCUUCAUGCUGUGGGAAUGUUUUUCAGCGGCAGGGACUGGGAGACUAGUCAGGAUCGAGGGAAAGAUUAACAAAGCAAGGUACAGAGAGAUCCUUGAUGAAAAUCUGCUCCAGAGCGCUCAGGACCUCAGACUGGGGCAAAGGUUCAACUUCCAACAGGACGACGACCCUAAGCACACAGCCAAGACAACGCAGGAGUGGCUUCGGGACAAUUCUCUGAAUGUCCUUGAGUGGACCAGCUAGAGCCCGGACUUCAACCCGAUCGAACAUCUCUGGAGAGACCUGAAAAUAGCUGUGCAGCGACGCUCCCCAUCCAACCUGACAGAGCUUGAGAGCAUCUGCAGAGAGGAAUGGGAGAAACUCCCCAAAUGCAGGUGUACCAAGCUUGUAGCGUCAUACCCAAGAAGACUGGAGGUUGUAAUCGCUGCCAAAGGUGCUUCAACAAAGAACUGAGUGAAGGGUCUGAAUACCUAUGUAAAUGUGAUAUUUCAGUAUUUGUUUUAUUAUACAUUUGUAAAAAUUCCUAAAACUUGUUUUUGCUUUGUCAUUAUGGGGUAUUGUGUGUAGAUUGAUGAGGAGAAAACACAAUUUAAUCCAUUUUAGAAUAAGGCUGUAACGUAACGAAAUGUGGAAAAAGUCAAGGGAUCUGAAUACUUUCCGAAUGCACUGUACUUAACUAUCCCUCUACUGCUUGGUCAGUGUCGCACAGUUCACACGUUAGGAACCUUGUCUAGCUCAUUAGUGGUCCGAGCAGACAGGCUUGUCAGUGGAGAGGGGAUGGGGGCAGUAAGGGAGAGACAAGACAUGACAGGUCACCACUCUGUCCACUGAGAGGAGGUGACAGCUUUAGCCAUUAACUGUUCCCCCAUACCCAUAUGGGAUGGCGUGAUGGGAGAUGGAGGGAUCCUAUAGAUGAGUGAUGGAGCUUUAGCCAUUAACUGUCCCCCACCCCAGCCUAUACCCAUAUGAGAUGAGGGGAUGGAGGGAUGGAGAGGUGGAGGGAACUAUAGAUUAGUAUCUCUUCACUGAGAGAGGAGGUGACCGGUUUACCCAAUAACCCCCCCCCCCAUCCCGGUCUAUACCCAUAUGGGAUGGAGAGAUGGAGGAGGAAUGGGGUGGGGGAUGGAGGGAUCCUAUAGAUGAGUGAUGGGGGGAGAGUAGGGAUGGAUGUCUAUGUUUGUGAGACUGGCCCCUCUGACCCCCUAAUGCCUAUUAGCACCAUUAUUCUCUGUGAGGCCUCUGGCCUGUCAAGAUAACAAGCAGAGCAGGGCUGGAUGUAAAGGAGGAUGGGGGGGGGGUGGAGGGGGACAAACGAGGGGCAGCGUGUGACCUCUGUCCUCUUAACCUCCCUGUCUGUCACGCUGUGUUCGUGUACUUACUCUGUCACACUGUGCUGUUGUACUGUAGGACACGUUAAUUAAGACGCUGGACUGGGCAUACAUUGUCCUGUCAUUAACGGAGGUUGGGGACACUGGCCAUUAUCUUUUUAUUGAGAAAGGUAGGGGUGUGUACCCUCUGUAAUUGAUGUUAAUGUGAUUAUACUGUACUAAAUCUGUUGUAAAUUGCUGUACUGAAUUUGUUUAAAAUAUAUACAUAUAUUGGAUACUCCCUAAAACGUAUUUGAUGAUAUAUUAGCUGUGAUCAUGCAGUGAUUCCUGGUGGACGGUUUUAGCGGGGCUGGUACCUGCUCUAAUCUGACUAGGCUCAUGAUGGGGGCACCCUUCUUGACAGAAUGGGAGUGGCUGUCUGGUCAGCCAGUUAUGCUCUUGCACUUGAUUAGGUUGAUUGGCUAAUAGUGAUGUCGUGACAACUCGCCGGCCCAUUCGCCAUCUCCUCCUUACCCAUUACAGUCAAAGCCGGCUGCCUCAAUUGAGUUCAAUUAUGAUCAAUUAUUGUAAAUGUCAACUCUACGCAGUGUUGUCAAAACAAUUUCCAUGAUAUGUCACGUAUGCAGUGACUCCAUUAGGAGCUCAUUUUAUCUGAGAUACAUAAAUCCAUAUAUGUUGGAGGCUAAUAGGUACAUGCAGUACCAGUAUAACAUUGAGGAGAGCUGGUUUGACAUGGUUGCUUGUUCUAAUCUUUAGACCAGUGGAGAGCAGGUCUGAGCACUCUGCACUGUCUAUGGAAGAGGCAAGCGGUGAGGCAUGAACAAUAUAAUGCCAUGUACCAUUCUUCAUGAGAAUUAGGCUGAUAUGGAGGUGCGGGGGAGGUGUUACUACUGUAAUGAAAUAUAGUAUAUGUUAGGGAAGGUCUAUACUGUAUAUUUUCUGAUAAGUCUAUUGUAAAAGAGUGUGUCUUCUCAGUAACUUACCUCGUAAAGUAAAAGGUUUAAAUGGAAUAAAUAAAUAAUACAGAAACUGCAUUUUGUUUUGUUCAGGGGCGCUGUAUGAAUUUCACCCGAGUUCCCAAUCAUUAGGUCAAACAAACCAUAAUCUUUGGACUAUGAGGCUAUGGAGAGAACAGGGCUAUGGACCACGUGCCUAAACAUCAUCAAUGUGCCUCUCUUUGGACAUAUUGUUUGUUUUUAUUUCAGCUUUAUUUAUCCAGGUUUGUCUUUGGAUAAAACAAACCUGUUCGGCAGCGUUCAAUAAUUUUAGCUUGCUUACUUGCUAUACAAUCCUCAUGUCACGGUUUCAUUUAUUGUCAGAGUCAUAUUGUAAUUUACGUGUAACCAUAGAUCAAAGAACAUGUGGUAAGAGGAUAACUAUGUUAUUGAGUGCCUUCUUGUUUCUUUUCUUAUCAAGAAUGAAGUGUCUUUUGCUUGUCUUUUUUAUUCAAGCUCUGUUGUUUCAAAUGUGGUGUUGUAAAUAAAA